UAAUACUUAUAUUUAGUUCAGUCGUGUUAUUCGUUCAGUAAGAAAUGCAUAAUUUGUUUACUAGUGCAAUUUUUCGGCAAUAUGCAGUAGUGUUUGCGUUAAACCUGAACUGCCUAAGCCUUGGCCUGGGAGCCUCCUGGGCGUCCCCCGUGUUAGUGAAGUUGGCGAAUUCUUCGGAAACAGUACUCCUUCACCCUUUAACACCUGAUGAUGCUUCCUGGAUUGGUUCUAUCGGGUUCCUCACGGCGGCUUUUGGUUUUAUAGUUGCUUACACCCUCAUAGACUACAUUGGUCGAAAGCACUGCGCCAUCUUGUCGGCCAUUUUUAGCAUAGUGUCAGCCAUCUUGUGCCUUUUCGCUAAUGAGGUAUGGAUGAUCAUGCUAGGCCGAGCCAUUAAUGGAUUGUUUGAGGGGAUCAUUCUGGGAGUCGUGCCGGUUUAUGCCUCGGAGAUUGCUAACAAGGAAGUCCGGGGUGCCCUUGGAGUGAUGCUACAGAUAUUUUCCUCGUUGGGGGCUGUUAUCAUAUUCGGAGUUGGACCGUUCAUAUCCUACUUCAGCCUGAAUCUCAUGGUCACCAUGUUUGUUAUAGUGACCAGCAUACCUACUAUAUUUUUGCCGGACAGUCCGAGUUUCUUGUUUUCUAAAGGUAAACUCGAAGAAUCCAAAAAAGUCCUCAUUUUCCUUCGAUGUUCAGAACAACAAGCCAACGAAGAACUAAAGGAGUAUUCAUCAAACAAACCUGACAAAAUAUUAAACCCCCUGACCGCUUUCUUGGACAAAAUGUUCCUAACAAGUCUUAUAAAGCCUUGUGCUAUAAGUGCAUUAGUAUUCCUGAUUGGAUAUAACUGUGUGGCGACGUAUCUGCAGACGAUUUUAGACGUUACGCGAACGAGCGUAAGGUCGGAAGUGGCGUCUGGUAUAAUUGGUGCUAUACAACUUGUGGCCAGUUUUUCGACUAUGUUGCUUACGGAUAGGUUUGGGAGGAAACCCAUUUUGGCGACGACUUUGCUUGGAUUUACUGUUGGUAUGGUUGGACUUGGAACAUUUUUCAAGCUCACAGAGACGGACACAAAAGUAUCCGGGUUCUUGAACUAUUUACCGCUAAUAUCUUUGAUAAUCGUCGUAUAUUGCUACAGUGCAGGCCCGUCUUCCCUUUUCUGGCUGCUCAUAGCGGAACUCUUCGACGACCGCUCCCGAGGCAUCGGAUCCACCACUGCCUUCUUCAUAGGCACCAUACCUGGCUUCCUAACACUCCGAUACUUUUCUUCCUUGGUCGACUCCAUUGGGGCAGCGCCGACAUUUUGGAUUUCUGGAAUGAUCUCUGUAAUACUAGCUGGGUUUAUAGCGUUUGGAGUGCCGGAGACUAGUGGGAAGAAUUUUGCUGAGAUUCAGUAUGAGUUGAGGAAUACAGAUAAAACAUACUUCGGAGAUGUUAACCAGUUUCGAAACGGUUCGACGUGUUUUUAUCAUAAUUUCGUAAUAUUUACUUAUAUAUUUUUGUUAAGUCGUGCAUUUUUUGGGAAAUUAGUGUUGUUUAAAAUGAUUAAAGUGCUCGACGGUGCAGUAUUUCGGCAAUAUAUGGUGGUUUUUGCAAUAAACCUGAACUUCCUCGGCUACGGUCUUGGCUUGAACUGGCCGUCUCCCGUGUUGGUGAAGCUAGCUGAUCCCACGGAGACCAUACUUCCAAGGCCCCUGGAUCCAACAGAAGCAUCUUGGAUUGUUUCUAUAUACUUCCUUUUAGGAGCAGCUGGCUACUUCGUUGCGUUUACUUUGGUAGACGUUAUAGGGCGUAAGAAAUGCGUCCUUCUAUCCAGCGUCAUCAAGUUGGUGUCAGCUCUCCUGUUUCUGUUCGGGAAUGACGUGUGGAUCCUUAUGCUGGGCAGGGCCGUCAUUGGCACGGCGGAUGGCAUCUUACUGGGUGUUAUACCGGUUUACGCUUCAGAAGUUGCCAGUAAAGAAGUCCGCGGAGCCCUCGGCACGCUGCUGCAGAUCUUUUCCUCCAUAGGCACAGUGAUCAUGCUGAGCGUUGGACCGUUUAUCUCCUACUUUCAACUGAAUCUCAUGCUGACGAUGCUCGUGUUGGCUACCAGCAUUCCUACACUUUUCUUACCUGAUAGCCCUAACUUCUUGUUUUCUAAAGUUGGACCCGAAGCCACCAAAAAUGUCCUCAUUUUCCUGCGAGGCUCUGAGCACCGAGCUGACGAAGAAAUAAAAGAAUAUACCGCAAACAGAACUGACGAGAAAGUCAGUCUACGGAUAAUUUUCCGUAAUAAACUGUUCCAGAAAAGUCUUGCGAUGGCCUCAUUUAUUCUUAUCAUGGUUUUGUUGAUAGGAUACAAUUCUGUAACGUCGUAUCUUCAAACUAUUUUGGUUGCGACGCAGACGAACGUAAGGUCGGAGGUGGCGUCGGGGAUUAUUGGUGCCAUUAAUGUUGUAGCCAGUCUCUCGACUCUGAUGACUACUGAUAGGUUUGGAAGGAAGCCUAUUUUGGUGUCAACUUUAUUUGGAAUGACUGUUGGGAUGGUUGGCCUUGGAACCUUUUUCAAGCUUACACGAGAUGAAACUGAAAUUUCUGGCUUCUUAAACUUCCUGCCACUCUUGUCGCUACUUGUGAUAGUUUUCUGCUACAGUGCAGGCACGGCCUCCCUCCUCUGGCUACUCAUAGCGGAGCUCUUCGACGACCGUUCCAGAGGUAUCGGUGUAGCGUCCACACUCCUCUUGGGAACCGUCCCAUCUUUCCUCACCGUCCGAUAUUUCACAGCUAUCAUAGACGCUAUCGGACCAACGGCGACUUUCUGGACCUCUGCUGGGCUUUGCGUCAUACUAGCAGUGUUUGUGGCAUUUAAAUUGCCUGAGACUAAAGGGAAGAGCUUUACGGAAAUACAACAUGACUUGGGAAAUAAGGAAAAAAUUACAGCUUCUCGGAUUUGAUGAUUUCAAGAAAUUUGACAGAUAAAAAGCUACAUCAAUAUUAUAUAAAACACAACUUAUUUAUUCUUAGGGCUGAUCUGAUGUAGAAUUGCUUUGCUACGGGCAGAUUUAAGGUAAGCUAUUGGAGAAUGCAUGAGCAGGCCCUUAUCCAGCAGUGGGUGAUGAUGAUGAUGAUUCCUACCUACCUAAAUGACUCAAGAGACGUAAAUAAGUAUAAGUAGGUACCUACUUAUUGCGUAGUUAUCAUAACAAAUACUAGGUAUAUUUGCUAUAAUAAUCUAUUCGAGUCUUGCUUGUUAAUCCAUACUAAUAUUAUAAAGGCGAAAGUGUAUCUGUCUGUCUGUUUCUGUUACCUCUUCACGCUUAAGCUGCUGAACCGAUUUAGUUGAAAUUGUUUAGAUAUAGUUUGAGUCCCGGGGAAAGACAGGUUAGUUUUUAUGCCGGAAAUCAUCCCUGAAGAGAGUGCAAAGGGGUGAAGGGGGUGGAAUUGAAAGAGUUAAUGAAUUGCCUGAUAAUUGAAGU